UAAAUGGCUCGUCGGGAAACAGUUUGCCCGGAAACAAAACCAAAAAAGAAAGCCCUUUUGUAGUAGGACUGAAGAAGGUUCCCAGGAAUUCCAAUUUCUCAAGCCAGCUAAAAUCCCGUUAAACACCCCCGCCAAACGCUCAGCCCUCAAAUGAUUUUCCUCUUUCAAUCUCCUUAUUUUCAUGAAAAUCCCAAUUCCCAGUAACCCAUGUGGUGGUGGUUUUCCGUAAAUCGCUAGGGCUCUCUUCCUGUAUUUAACCUUCCCAAACCCCAGCAUGAUAAACGCUUCGAGGCACCUCAAGCUCUUUUUCCAAUACCACAAGACAAAACCCUGCUCUUCUUUGGCAAUUCCUGGGUUUAGAAAUCAGAUUCCCUUCACAGGAAGCAGACUUUCCCGGUGCAAUAACUGUAUCACAUCCAUCACGGUUGGUUUCCCUUUGAUCGGGCCAUUUUUUGACAUUAUAAGUAAUUUUAUUGGCAACUAUCAGUUACUUGCAACACAGGCAUCUCCUAAUGAAGAGGAAGUCACAGAUGAGGCCUUAAAUCAAAUUCUUACCACCAUAGAAAAUGCUCCAAAGCCCAAUGGAGAAAUUUGCACUGCUUUUGUUGAGAAGCUGUGUGAAGCUGGAAAUCUUUCUGCUGCUGCUAGAUUACUUCAAUCUUUACGCGAUAAACACAUCUUUCAUAGCCCUAAAGCCUAUAAUCUCUUAUUAGGGGCAGCGAGUGAAAGGCAUGACAUUGAACUUUUGUCUCAAGUUUUCAAAGAAUUAUUGGUAGUUCAGGGAUCCUUGAGUUCAACCUCUUAUCUUUAUGUUGCGAAGGCUUUUGCGAAGACAAGUGAUGGUAUACAGCUACUUAUAUUCGUCAAAGAAGUGUCAGCACUGACCUCUCCAAGUGCAACGGUUAUAAACAGAAUCAUCUUUGCGUUUGCAGAAUGUGGGCAGGUUGAUAAGGCCCUUCUGAUAUAUGAUUUGAUUAAGAGUCUAAGAUGUAAGCCAGAUUUAAUUACAUAUAAUACCAUUUUGGAUAUUUUGGGUCAUGCAGGACGCACAGAUGAAAUGGUCCAUGAGUUUGCCUCAAUGAAAGGAGCUGGAAUUGUCCCAGAUGUCGUUUCUUACAAUACAUUAUUAAACAACUUGCGGAAAGUAGGUAGACUAGAUUUAUGCUUAGUGUAUUUCAGGGAAAUGGGUGAGAAUGGAGUUAAACCAGAUUUGCUUACUUAUACUGCAUUGAUUGAGAGCUUUGGUCGAUCAGGAAACAUUGAGGAAUCUAUAAGACUCUUCAAGGAGAUGAAGCUGAGGCAGAUACGUCCUUCUAUCUAUGUUUAUCGAUCACUAAUCAAUAAUUUAAAGAAGCUUGGGAAGUUGGAGUUGGCGAUGAAAUAUUUGGAGGAAAUGAAUUCUUGUCUUUCAGAUCUUGCUGGUCCAAAUGAUUUUAAACGGAGAAGAAGGUAGUUGCGCACUCAAAUGACUCCAAGGUCUCUGCGAUCAUUGAUUAGUUCAAGCUUAGAUAUGUUGUGCAGGUCCUGGGUGUUGCAGUUGAUAUUGGUAUCAGUGGUAUGUAAUUCCGCCAGGGGCAGCAAUUCCUUCACUGACAACUGUGAUCUUGCUGCUUAUUUUUCAAAGUACCCAAAAAAUGCUUAGGGAUGAACAUGCGCAGCGUUGUUCAUCUGACUAGCUUGUGUGGAACUUGUGGUGCAAACCUGGGUUGCUAAUUUGAAGUCCAUUGCAAUUUCUUAACAUGCUUCUAAAUGGUAGAUACCAUCUGAAGAGGAUCAGCUGCCACCACUGAUUCAAGGUUCAAGGGCAGAGCAUAUGCAGUAUGGGAGGACCUGAUUACUAAGUCAUUGCCUCUGCAUAGAUUUUUCCUUGGAGAUGAACUGUUGCGGAUGAAAUCAUUUCCAAGGUUUAGAAGCUGGAUGUUCAUUGAAUAUGGUUAUCUAGCAGGUAAUUGGCCACUGGUGCUGGCUCAGUGGUCAUUGUCAUCAUAGAGCAGGCUCUGUGGAUCAAAUCAUACCAUACACCAUAAAAAAUAAAAAAUAAAAGCCUGCAGCAGGUAAUACUUUAGGCUUUCACAAGGUUUCACCGAGUGGCUAUCCCAGCUGUUGGUCUGAUGGCCCUUUCUAAAGCACCUGAAAUGGAGUAAUGGAUCAUUACUUUUUGGGUUUGAGCCUCGCUAAACUGUACAAUGAUAGUGUCGUAUUGGUUUAUUCAUUUUUUAUCCGAAUUGGAAUUUUGUAAUGCAAAUGGAGGUACUGGUUCAUUAUUUACAAUCUACUAAACUAAACCCUAGAGGCUUGUGUGAUGGGACAUCAAACACGAGCCAUGGACCUUGUGGUUCGGUGAUUGAGGGCUGGAUUAUAAUUGAGCUUUUUAUUAGUUUGCCUUUUAUUUGUUUUAUUGUUUAUUUUUGAGACUGGUUGUAGUAUUUUUAUUUUGGGAUUUACGUUAUUUUAGCAGGCCAUUAGCCAAAGUAUAAUUAGGGCUUAACUCUUGAUCUACGUAACCCUAAUUUUCUAUUGAAUUAGUAGCUUAU